AUGACAACAGGGCAGUCACACUUGUCAUCCUUCACUGGACCAGAACCUGUGCAGGAGAUUCAGCGCUGGGACAAAGCCACCAAAACCUACAUUGACGUUGAAAGACCUUACAUUGUGGCUACCUACAACAAAUACAUGGGAGGUCUGACAUUCGCCAUGUAUAGGGGCAUGGAAGAGGGACAUAUCAAACCGCACAGCCACAUGUGGGGUGGGGCUGCAGUGUCCCCGGACAGGCUAAGGGACAUCAGCACUGAAGCUGGACAGCCCACAGGCUCCCUCUUCUUACUCUCACUGCAGUACUUGAGGACUGUGGACAUCGGCCCCUCCCCCAUGUCGGUUGACAGAAGAAUGACCGUUUUGUUGUCCUUCCACCUGACAGCCAGUAUCCCAUCAUCACUGCCUGUCUACUCCGAGCUGGCUCGUGUAUGGCCUGAUCCACUGGACUGUCUGGGGAAGUUUCUGGGCGAUCUGAGCCAUAGCUGCUUCCUAGCCAUAACUUCCUAA